AUAACCAACUUCGCUUUGUAUCCCCUUUCAACAAGAGGGCCACAGGGUCAAGUGAAGAAGCAAAUGAGCUUCCAAUCAACAAGGAUGAUAUUAUGAGAUUUUUGGAUCUAAUGCAUGUUCAGAAAUUGGACCUGCCAUUUAUCGCUAUGUAUCGGAAGGAGGAAUGCAUGACCUUGCUGAAGGAUCCAGACCAGGGUGAAGUCGGUGAUUUUGAGAAUGCCUUCGACAAAAAACCAGUGCUGAAGUUUCACAAGGUGCUUUGGGGAAUUAUGGAUUUAGACAGAAAGUGGCUUCUUCUUCAAAAGUGAAAGACUGCCCUCCAGUCAUAUUAUAGCAAACGCAUUGAAGAGGAGUCACGCGGGGUGUAUGAUGAAACAAGGCUGUAUCUGAACAAACAGCUUUUUGAAUCGAUAUCCAAAUCACUUAGAGAAGUUGAUGAUGUUGAUUUAAAGUUUAACCUACACUUUCCACCUGGUGAAAUUGGUGUAGAUGAAGGUCAAUUUAAGAGGCCAGCAAGGAAAUCAGACUAUAGCUAUUACAGCAAGGCUGGGUUGUGGGAAGUUGCAAAUAAGUUUGGUUACAACUCUGAGCAAUUCGGGCUGCUGAUAUCUCUGGAAAAAAAAUAGAAUGGAUGAGUUGGAAGACCCUAAGGAAACACCAGAAGAGAUGGCUUCAAACUUCACCUGUAGGAUGUUACAAUCACCACAAGAAGUUCUCAAGGGUGCUAGGCACAUGGCAGCAGUUGAGAUUAAGUGUGAACCCAGUGUCCGGAAAUAUGUCCGUUCUGUGUAUAUGAUGGAUGCUGUAGUAUCUACAUCCCCUACUCCGGAAGGGAAUACAGCUAUUGAUCUUUUUCAUCAGUUUGCAAGGGUGAAGUGGCUCAAGGACAAGCCACUUUCAAAAUUUGAUGAUGCAGAAUGGCUUCUCAUACAGAAGGCUGAAGAGGAGAAGCUCUUGCAAGUUACUAUAAAGCUGCCAGUUUCCCCCCUUGAUAAGCUUUGUUCAGAAGCCAGUGAAAAUUACCUUAGUGAAUGUGUUAGUAAAUCUGCUCAACUGUGGAAUGAACAAAGGAAGUUGAUAUUUGAAGAUGCAAUCCACAAUAUGCUUUUACCAUCAAUGGUUAAAGAAGCACGUUUGAUGUUGUCAAGCAGAGCAAAGAAUUGGCUACUUUCAGAAUACGGUGAGCUUUUAUGGAACAAAGUAUCUGUUGGUCCAUAUCAGGUAAGAGAAAACGGUGGUAGCUCAGAUGAGGAUACACCGCCAAGGGUUAUGGCAUGCUGUUGGAGCCCUGGAAAGCCAGCAACCACAUUUGUGAUGUUGGAUUCGUCUGGAGAAGUUUUAGAGAUCUUGUAUGCAGGGUGUCUCAGCCUUCGUGGUAUGAAUGUUAAUGAUGAGCAGAGAAAGAAGAAUGAUCAGCAAAGGCUUUUAAAGUUUAUGCUAGAUCACCAACCUCACGUGGUUGUUUUAGGAGCUGUAAAUUUGUCUUGUACACGUCUGAAGGAGGAUAUUUAUGAGAUUAUUUUUAAGAUGGUUGAGGAUAAUCCGAGAGAAGUUGGUCAGGAGAUGGAUAAUUUAAACAUUGUGUACGGAGAUGAGUCCCUUCCCCAUCUCUAUGAGAACUCACGAAUUUCUUCCGACCAGCUUCCUGCUCAGCCUGGUAUUGUGAGGCGCGCCGUGGCACUUGGGCGUUACCGUCAAAACCCUUUAGCAAUGGUUGCUUCGCUUUGUGGGUCGGGGAGGGAGAUCCUAUCCUGGAAGCUGAGUUCAAUGGAAAACUUUCUCACUCCUGAUGAGAAGUAUGGUAUGGUUGAACAAAUCAUGGUCGAUGCUACUAACCAAGUUGGUCUAGAUCUUAAUUUGGCUAUAAGUCAUGAGUGGUUAUUUGGUCCUCUUCAAUUUGUAUCUGG